GCGCAUGGUACACAGUACACACGGUCAGUCCCGUUCCGUCGUUCUUUGAAGUUGGAUUAUGUUACUGUUUAUAAUAUUGUGCUGUGUGCUUGCUAUACAUGCGAGCGAGGAAGGGAAAGCUGUCCAAAACCCAACCGUACGCAGCUCAUCAGGCGAAUUCCUCGGCAUUUACAAUGUGACGCGGCGCGGGCGCAGCUUCGAGGCGUACCGCGGUAUUAGGUAUGCUGAACCGCCUGUUAAAGAGCUGCGUUUUCAGCCGCCAGUACCAAUACUAAGAUACGAAAAACCAGUGGACGCCACUAAGAACGGGCCAGCGUGUCCUCAACCCUCCAGCCCGGGAUACUAUGUGGAUGAAGACUGUCUUACCAUCAAUGUGUAUUCUCCGGUGAAGGCAGAAAGAAAAGCAUCCCUUCCAGUGAUCUUCUUCAUCCACCCAGGCGGUUUUUACUCCAUGACGGGUCGCAGCGAUCUGUUCGCACCAGACUAUUUACUGGAUAGAGAUGUUGUUGUCGUCACUAUUAAUUAUAGACUCGCUACUUUGGGUUUUCUCAGCACCGGAGAUUCGCUAGCUCCCGGUAACAACGGUCUCAAAGACCAAGUGGCCGCCCUGCAGUGGGUACAAAGAAACAUAGCUGCGUUUGGGGGAGACCCACAUUUAGUUACAAUUGCUGGCUGUAGCUCGGGGGCUGUUAGUGUCAUGUUGCAUAUGAUAUCGCCUAUGUCGAAGGGUCUUUUCCACCGCGCCAUUUCACUAAGCGGGUCCCCAGUCCGCAAGACCCGCAGUCCCACACAUUUGUACCCUCUAGCGGUGCGUCAGGCGGAACUCGUGGGAUGUCCCACUAACUCCUCUAGUGAUAUCGUUAAUUGUUUGAGGACUGUGCCGUGGAGGGAUCUGGGGCUCUCGCUGAAUCGGUUUUAUGAGUUCGGCUACGAUCCUUUAACCCUAUGGUCGCCAGUAGUUGAAGCCGACUUCGGCCAGGAGCGGUUUCUGCCAGUCGACCCGAUCGACGCCAUCCGUGAGAGAAAGAUGCAUCCCGUGCCUUUCAUUAUUAGCAGAACUAAAGAUGAAUUCUUUUGGAAGGCUUUUACUGUUCUAAAGAAUGAAACACUUUUAAGACGUAUGAACGAGAACUGGGAGGACAUAGCUCCCAUAUCGUUUAUGUUACCACGAGAUAAUUCAUCUCUAGCUACACAGAGACUACGACAGGAAUAUAAUCUAGUUGAUUUGAAGAAUGAUUCUGAUACAGCGUAUAAUUUGGGAAGACUGUAUGUAGAUGCUAUAGAAAGUUUCCCUAUUUACAGAUUAACGAAACUAAUGAGCAUCCAUUCGACCGCGCCUGUAUGGAGUUGUUUCUUCACGUAUAUCGGCAAUAAUAGCUUCUACCAAGAUCCUGCCACUAAGAAACCUGUUGGCAGCGCCCACCACGACGACUUGCUGUACUUGUUCUACAUCGCGUACCGGUUCCCAAAGAUCGGCUCACAGGGAACUGAUGCUGAUAUGGUGGACCGAAUGAUAGAUAUUUGGUACAACUUCGCGAGAUACGGGGACCCCAACAACCGCGGAGACACUCCAGAACUAGACAUACACUGGCCCGCGACAUCUCCCACCACUCGACCCUAUCUACAGAUAGACAAACAAUUAUCUAUACAUGAAAACCUUUUCGAUCAAUUCGCUGCAACAUGGGAGGAACUUUAUCCGAUUCAAUAUUAUUAAUUUCAAUGAAAAUUAAUUGAAAAUAUUCGUUGUAAUAAAGUUGAUUCGAAGAUUUA